AUUCAGACACAACCAUUGAUAAUUCAACAAACAAGAGCUCUUCAAAUACAUUCUUGAGAAGCGACACCUAUACGUAAAAACUGAACAUAAAGAGCCAUACGGUGGAAAAGAUAUCGUAGACAUUGUAACUACAGCUAGAAUAAGAUAUCGCAGACAUUUUAACCACAGCUAUAAGAAGAUAUCGCGAACAUUGCAACCACGGCUAGAAUAUAUCGCAGACAUAGUAACUACAGCUAUACAAAUAUAUCGCAGACAUUGUAACUACAGCUAUAGGAAUAUAUUGCAAACAUUGUAACUACAGCUAUAGGAAUAUAUUCUAAACAUUGUAACUACAGCUAUAGGAAUAUAUCGCAGACAUUGUAACUACAGCUAUAGGAAUAUAUUGCAAACAUUGUAACUACAGCUAUAGGAAUAUAUUCCAAACAUUGUAACUACAGCUAUAGGAAUAUAUUGCAAACAUUGUAACUACAGCUAUAGGAAUAUAUUGCAAAAAUUGUAACUACAGCUAUAGGAAUAUAUUGAAAACAUUGUAACUACAGUUAUAGGAAUAUAUUGCAAACAUUGUAGCUACAGCUAUAUGAAUAUAUUGCAAACAUUAUAACUACAGCUAUAGGAAUAUAUUGCAAACAUUGUAGCUACAGCUGUAGGAAUAUAUUGCAAACAUUCGAACUACAGCUAUAAGACGACAAUAUGGCACAACUGCAGUUGAAACAAGAGGUACAGUCACAUGCCAAUCUUGCAAAUAUUUUCGUGGAAUGUAAGCCAAAAACGAUCCAUCGACUUUCACAGGCGAAACUGAAUAGAACAUCUACAGUUGCAACAUUACAAGAACUCAUCAAGCCUGAAGCUGAGUCAAAUUCAGUUAAAGAUGUUAAACCCGAAUCAAGUUCAGAAGAUCUUGAGCCGGGAAAUAACCAAAAGGUUGUAAAGCAGAAGAGGCGAGCCAACCGAGUGGGUAGGUUGUUCAGUCUUGUUAAGAAAGUCAGACGCGGGCUUCACGCCAACAAAAAAGAAAUAAGUAAACAAGAUAACUUUAAUAACAUCACAUGCCCUAUAGAUGGCGUUUUGGAAAGGCAGACGACAUUAACGAUAGAAGAUCCAUCCGGCACAAUGUUGAAAAAUUGUCGUAAAAGCAUCCUCAAAAACAAAACUGACCUUGAGUGUCGACAUCCUACCGAAAAAUUCAAAAUCGAGAAAACUUCUGAACUCUUGAAUAGAAUAUGUACAAAGGACAUACUUAUCCCAGGAGAGGUAAACGAUACGGUAUGUUCCCAGAACCAGAUAACAAGUAUCAAGCCAGAAAUAUUAAGAGCGGACAAAUCUUACUUUGCCCAUGUACCUCUCCAUAAGGAUAAUGGUCCAUGCCAUACCAUACCCUCAUCCAAAGAUAAAGACAUUUUCGACUUGGAUCUAGAUAAUUAUACAUAUUACGAAUCAUCCAACGUUAUUUUCGUUAUUAGCAAGGAAGCUAAUUGUGACAAUAUUUUCAAUCAAUAUCAUCCUGAGGGCCUGCAUAGGACAACACUGAAGAGGCAACCCACCGAGACAAAGAUCGUGGGUGGGAUAAAGCAUACAGAGCUAUAAUUACAAAACUAUACAUGCCAUGCCACUUAUCUAUUAUUAAAAAACUUAUUUUUGUACAUGAAAGUUUAAAUGUUGCCAAUCCAAUCAAACUUUAUGAUUGAAUAAAUGCCAAUUUUUGAUGAAAGACAAACAAGUUGUUUUUGUAUUAUAAUGUACCAUCUAUUAUAAAAUACUACAGGAAGAAAAAUAAGUUGUUUUUGACAAAUGGAAAACAGUUUCAAAACACAGUCUACCUUUUUAUACUUAACAAUUGUGCAGCUAGACUUACCUCAAGACUGUAUACCCCCCGGUAUACCCCCCUUAUUUACUUCACAUUUCAUUGUUGUGUUGGGAAGGUGACGUACAGAGAGGGGCACACAGUCUUAAGGCAAGACUAGUGUGCAACCCCUUAACUGUGCCA